GGAAAUUUGGCCUACCUGCCUUUGUCACAGCAUAAUUUCAUUGCUUAUAACCGCUGGAUUCAUCAUUCCAUUCACCACGGGUUCAUGCAGUGACGGCAAGUGUCCCGUUUCAUUCCAUUUCACUAUUGGAAGGAAUAUGGUAGAUGGGCACGCUCUGCUUGAUCACGUGUUUGCAACUGUCUCUGUGACCAGAGUGAUCGAUUGUUUCAGCGCAUGUCAAACCAACUGUCGUUGUAUUUCGUUCAACUUCCUGACACAUUCCAACCAAGAUAACUGUCAACUGAAUGAAGAAAACCGACACCUGAAGCCUGGUGCUUUAAUUCCCAUGGAAGGCUCUCAGUACUACGAUCUGGAUAUCAUCUAUCAUACGGGGGCAUGUACUCAGUGUUUCAAAAGAUGCUGCAGGGCUCAGCCGUGUUUUAAUGGAGGAACAUGUCGAGAAAAUUGUCACGUGACUGGAAGACGAUUCUUGUGUCAUUGUCCUGCACGUUUUAUUGGCAAUGUAUGUGAGAAAGACUGUCAGGAUGCCCUGGGUAUGGAAAGCGGUGAUAUUUCUGAUGCACAACUCAGUGCCUCUACAGAACUGGCUCCAGAAAAAGGAGCAAAGCACAGCAGGCUACAAUCCAAGUGGAAUGGAGUAUCUGGGGGAGGCUGGGUAACUAAAAUAUCUGACAUCAACCAAUGGCUACAGAUCGAUCUACUGGAUCAGCAUUCUUAUGUUGUAACAAAGAUAGCUACACAGGGCAGAAAUUAUUAUAGUCGCAUUGUGACCAAAUAUAAACUUCAGUACAGUGACGAUGGAGUUACCUUCCUCUAUUACAGAGAAGAAGGCCAAGUUACUGACAAGGUUUUUCCUGGAAACACAGACAGGGAUACUGUAGUGUCACAUGAACUAAUUCCACCAAUCAGAGCACGCUAUAUUCGUUUUCGACCGAUAGAGUGGUCUGACUACAUAGGAAUGAGGGUGGAGCUCUACGGCUGUCGCGAUAACUGAACGGAAAGUGGAUUACCAAAGGCACGUGUAUCAAGACUGAAUGUGGUCUUAAAUGGCUUCCUAGAGUGUUGGAAAAGUUCAGCAACUGACUAAGAAGACUGCAUACCCUUCGGCAUGAAACAAAAAAAAUCUCCCCUUAGAGCGGUAAAAAUUACUAAUAACUUGAUAUUGCUAAAAAAAAACAUACUUAGACUACGAGCAGUCCCUCAGUCGCGUGGCCAAUGUACAAUAAAAACUAGUU